CUCUUGUCUCUUCGAUAGUUCGAUAAGUUCAAUACUGUGACUUGCUGUGACUGUGUGAGAGAUGAGAAAUUUGUUCAUUGUGAUCAACUGUAAUUAUAGUUAGAGCACAAAAAUUUCACAAUUAAAUUUGUUAGAAAUUACGGAAAAUGGCUUAUGUAGAUAAUAUUCUUCAACCGCACGCAACUAUGAUAUCAGAUAUGAUACCAGAUUGGCUUAAUUCAGAACAGAGCACAGGGACAUCAAUCAUGGCGUGUGAAUUUAACGGUGGUGUGGUAAUAGGUGCUGAUUCUCGGGGUACAACAGGAGCUUAUGUCUCCAACCGUUUUGCUGAUAAAUUGACGAGAGUGACAGAUUAUAUUUAUUGCUGCCGUUCUGGCUCGGCAGCAGACACUCAGGCAAUUGCUGACAUUGUAGCUUAUCAUUUGGGAUUACAUCAGAUGGAGCUUGGAAUGCAACCCUUGGUGGAAACUGCUGCUAAUGUAUUCCGUGAAAUAUGUUAUAACUAUCGGGAUUCUUUAAUGGCUGGGAUCCUAGUUGCAGGAUGGGAUAAGCAAAAAGGUGGUCAGGUUUACAGCAUUCCCAUAGGAGGCAUGUGUGUCAGACAACCAAUUUCCAUUGGCGGUUCCGGCUCAACGUAUGUGUAUGGCUAUGUGGAUGCUCAAUACAAACCCAACAUGUCGAAAGACGAAUGCCUCAAGCUAGUAGAGAACACACUUGCAUUAGCCAUGGCUCGUGAUGGUAGCAGCGGCGGUGUGAUACGAACUGGUGUAAUUACAGAGAAAGGAAUUGAAAGAAAAGUCAUACUUGGCAACGAAUUACCGCGCUUUUAUGAAGGCUGAAGAUUAUGUCAUUCAAUUAUAUAUUUAUCACGGUAUAUUUAAUGUAAGACAUAUUUCUAAAAAUUUAUGCGAGAUAUCGCAUUUGC